GCCCGCGCCGCCGCCUCAGCCUCCGCCGCCUCCUCAGCCCCGCCACCACCGCCGCCGCCGCCUUUCCCGCACUAUGGAGUUCUCGGAGAGGAAAAGAAGCAGGAAAUCCCAGAGCUUCAAACUGGUGAGCCAAGAUUAUCACCAGGAGGUUUAUAAGAUCUCAGAAUUCAGCAACGAUGUUAAUGGGGAGGCCAAAGAGACACAACCCAUUUUUUUAGGAGAUGAAAGCAUGGAAAUUAAAAAACAAAUUACAGGGAUGAGAAGAUUACUGAAUGACAGCACUGGGAGGAUAUAUCAGCGUGUUGGCAAAGAAGGAGAAAAACUAAAAGAAGAGCCCCAGGAUUUGGAUUUAGUCUGGCCUCAGCAUUUGAACUCUUCUGCUGUGGCCCCACAGCGCCUCCAUUCUUCUUCACGUGGUGUGUGGAAUGAGCUAUCACCCCAAAGUGGGCAGUUCUCAGGGCAGUAUGGCACCCGUUCUAGAACCUUCCAGAGUCAGCCCCACACCACUGCAAACUCCAACGGAGAACUUCCAAUGGUGAAUUCGUCAGUUGGAUCAAACUGCUGUACUUGUAACUGCCAGUCAACGUUGCAGGCCAUUCUCCAAGAACUCAAGACCAUGAGGAAAUUAAUGCAAAUUCAAGCAGUUGGAACUCAAAACAGACAACAACCCCCAAUUUCCCUUAUAUGCUCCCAGCGAACUGCUGUCUCACGCAAGAGAAAUAAAAAGAAAAAAGUGCCCCCAAAGACGGUUGAACCUGUUACUGUGAAACAGAAGCCCAGUGUGUUAGAAAUUGAGAAGAAGCCAGCAGCAGGGGCCUUGGAGCCCUCUGGUCCCCAAGCCUCAGAGCUCACCUCCACCAAGGACAGCCACGUCCUGGGAUUCGGCAUUGUUCUUGAAUCACCUUCCUCAGAUCCAGAAGUGCAACUUGCUGAAGGCUUUGAUGUGUUUAUGCCUAAGUCUCAGCUGGACUCUAUACUGUCAAACUACACUCGCUCAGGAAGCCUUCUGUUUAGAAAACUGGUGUGUGCAUUUUUUGAUGACAAGACUUUGGCUAACUCCUUACCCAAUGGGAAGAGGAAAAGAGGACUCAAUGACAACCGGAAAGGACUAGACCAAAAUAUUGUGGGUGCAAUAAAAGUCUUCACAGAAAAGUACUGUACUGCUAACCAUGUGGAUAAACUUCCUGGCCCAAGAGACUGGGUACAGAUUCUACAGGAUCAAAUUAAACUGGCCAGAAGAAGGUUAAAAAGAGGCUCAGCAGAGGUAGCUGACGGUGAUGAAAGACUGGACGGCAUUUCUCUACCACCAACAGGGAAAAAAGCCUGAGGCCCAGAAACAUUAAAUGACUUCCCCAAGGUCUCAAGAGCUGGUUGAUGGCCUGGCCAGAACCCAGGCCCUUCGUCUCCCAGCCAUUACACCGUAGAGCUUUCUUAUACCUAAGCCAAAGCCAGCUUUUCUCUGCAUGUUUCUUAAAGAUCCUAAAACAUGAUUGAUGUACUAAUCCAUUUAGGAUUCCAUUUCAAUGUCUCACAAUCUUCACAGUUAGAAUAUUCAUCAUCGGUCUACCCAACGUUUGCUGCAGUUUAAGCUCAUUUACUCAAGUCCUCUCAAUUUUGCCCAAAGCUGUGAGGUUGUAAUGCAGAAAAUAGUAGAACACACCUGCAGGUCUUAUCACUAGACUGUUAAUAGAGAUUGGUUACAAAUUGCUAAACAGCAUGAUAAAUAAAAAUGUUCAUUCUUUAGAAAAGGGGGAAAGAAGUCACAGAUUGGUGCUCAAAUUUUGAAGUAAUAAAAUCAAAGGAUCUCGAUAGUCUAGCAUGUCCCUUGGUUGCCUUUCUAGAGUAAAAUUCUCAGUCUGGUCGGCUUCUUUGAAUACAGUGCUAUUGCUAAUACCCUCCUUCCAUGUGCCAUGACACGACAUCUGGGCAGUGGAGUCCCUCUUCUUGCACAUGUAUCUUCAUCCUCAGAGUGGAGCCUCACUGGUCAGAACCACAGGAGCCCCAAGGGGCUCUGAUACAGACCUUCGUUUUCUUAUUUCCCUGAUCUGGCCACAACAGGUCUUGUUAAAGAUUCAGAACAGCCUUAUUACCUUUUUAAGAUCUUUUUUCUCCUUCCAAUUGUGUGUGUUAGGAAGAAGCAGGAAAAGGUGGAAAUCCUUUAGGGUUGCUAUGAACCUGAAGUGGCAGGCAGGGUCAGAUGCUCAAAUGACCUUUGUUUUGACCUACUGUAGUUAAGCAGCCUUUUAUUUGUCUGACUUUAACAAAAUCAGAUACAGAUUCUAUAGUGGAGAAAUGUGUUUUCAUAAUUUAUUCCCUCUCCACCGGGUUCUCUAAGCCCUUUAGGGGGUGGGGUAUACUGGUGAUUGAUCUCAGGAGUACUCAGCCACUGAGCCACAUUCCCAGCCCUAUUUUACUUUUUUUUUUUUUUUUAAUUUAGAGACAGGGUCUCACUGAAUUGCUUAGCGCCCCACUUUUGCUGAGUCUGGCUUUGAAUUUGUGAUCCUCCUGCCUCAGCCUCCCAAGCUGCUGGGAUUACAGGUGCGCACCACCGCACCUGACUUCUGUGAGUCUUUUGAGCAACUGCUGAGAAUCAGAACUGCAUUGGGGUCCUGUGGACAAAUUCCUGCCCUCAGACUAGUGUGAGACAGAAGCACUUACCUAUAUGUUGCAGCACAGAUGUGGAGAGUUCUGGAUAAGGAAGAAAAAGCCCCCAGAACCUGGGAACAAUUGGGUUUAAAAAACAAAAAAAGUAUAAAGUAGAAUCAAAACAGUGCUUUCUAAAACUUAAAAUGGGACUUAUGAAUUUGAAAAGAGAUGUUGUUCAUCUGAGCUUAGCAAUCUGUGUCAUAAACUGGCAUUAUUUUACAUAUUUUUCUCCAUUAAGAAGUGCAAGGAAGAAAAUUUAAAUGAAUGGUUCCACCCACAAACAACCAUCAUUAGGUGUUUUCCCCAGAUUUUUCUCUAUAUUGAUUUUGUUUAUAGAAAAGAGAUCAAUACAUAAAAUCUUGUUUCCAGAGCAUUUGAGAUUUUACCUAAAAAGCUUUCUCUUAUUUUGUUACAAAUCUUUAUACACAUUAUGAGCUGCAUGAUGCUCCAUUUUGCAGGUAAAUCACACUUCAUUUAGCCCUUUUCUGUUACUGGACAAUAGACACACUCUAAUAGUAACACAUGUUCUUGGAAUUACCUGUAAAAUAUAAUCAUUACAAGUUUCUAAUUCCUAAACUGCUCAUUUAGCACAACUAAAGCCAUGGCUAAAAACUUAACGACUUCACUCCACAACACCGACAACACCGGCACCUAAAAGUCAAGUCCCUACUUGUCAGGCCAUGGUAGAAUGUCCCUUAGGGAAGGGGCUCUCCCCCUUCACUGUCUUGUCUCUGUUAUAGGUAAUAACAGGAGAGAAAACAUGGAGGAUACAGAACCAGGUUUCAUUGCCUAGGCUUUGAUUUUAGUGACCUUGGUCAUUAGCAUAUGUAACUUUUCAAUUCUUUUGAAUUUCCUCAAAGAUCCAUGUAGUAUUUCAGGUGCCUGCAAAGUGUGGGUGUUCUGUGAAGUUUAUCUGUCAUGUUUGAAUAAUUUCAUAUGCUUUCUUUUUUUAAGCAAGUCUCCAAUUUGGUAUAUGAUUUUUAAAAAUUGUUUUUAAGAGUUAAUUUGUUACCCUUCCAAAGUCCAGCAUAUGAUCCAGUUAGUUCAUUGUCUGAAUAAAGAAGCAAGCAGUUCUUCCUUUUUUAUUCAUUCAUAACCUUAAUGUGAAAUGCAUAGUUUUGAAGCAUAUUUAUUUUCACAUAAAUUGCCUAGCUGUAUUAUAAAGGAGAAUGGUUUUUUCCAGGCCUGAGAGAGCAGUUGUAAACGCCAAAAAUAAUUAGACCUUCUUCAGCUUAGAAGAAAAAGUUGUUCUGGGAGACAAGAUAGCUCUGACCUAUAAGAUGAAAUCAUUCAUGAUAUCAGUGCACCCCCCCCCAAAAAAAAAAACUAUAGCAAAAUUAAGUGCAAGUGAUGUGUGAAUUCUUUUUUUUUAAUAUUUAUUUAUUUAUUUUAAAUUUUCGGCGGACACAACAUCUUUGUUUGUAUGUGGUGCUGAGGAUCGAACCCGGGCCGCACGCAUGCCAGGCAAUCGCGCUACCGCUUGAGCCACAUCCCCAGCCCGAUGUGCGAAGUCUUAGGAAAGAAACCCCUUUAACGUAAAUUGUGUCAACACAGAGACAAAAUAACUAAUUAAAAGGUGAAAAACUCAAAGUAGCCAGUUCUACUUGAUACAUAACAACCAUUUAAACAGAAAGCUUUAACUGAAUGACCCAGGAUUUCAACUGUGUGGUAACUAAUCACAAGUGUACAUGCUUAAUAUUCUGGUACACUUCCUGGUCCACUUGCCCUCUGCUUUAUAUAAAACCAAUAUAAGAAACUUUGAAUUUAUUUGAAAGAGAUUUUUUGCCAUGUAGGUAUCUGUUUUACAGAAAUAUUUGCCUCCGGAUUUCUUUCUUGCUUUGAAUCUUUGGCACUUGAUCCAAAGGCCAGAUAUUGGCAUGAAAGAAAGCAUAUUUAUUUCAUCCACCAGAUCCUGGGAUUAAAACUGCCAUGUGAGGGGCUGGUGUUGUGGCUCAGUGGUAGAGUGCUUGCCUGGCAUGUGGAAGACACUGGGUUUAAUCCUCAGCACACAUUAAAAAAUAAAUAAAUAAAGGUAUUGUGUCCAUCUACAACUAAGUGUGUGUGUAUAUAUACACACAUACAUAUAUAUAUUUUUUAAAAGUUGCCAUGUGACAGUUGGACACCUUUCCCUGGCACACACUUCAUCCACCUGUUGGAGCUAACAGGUCCUGUAGAGGACAGUUAGUCCCACCCUUAGCUUUGCAGGUGAGGAAACUGAAGAGUGAGGGUGAAUGAUUGCCCAGAUCCAGGGAACCCUUCAAUGGCUGGUGGGGCACAGAACCCGGUUUCCUUACUACCCUGUCCAAGGUCCUGGUCGUACCAACCUGAAAAACUAAGCCUUGGAGAUAGGAGGGACACUCUAGGAUGUCAGUAUUCCACCAAGAUCAGCUGAAGAUGAUGCACACAUCCCUGUGACAGAAAACUGGUUUUAGGUGAGGCUUGUGGAAUCUGUCUACUAGACAGUUAAUCUCAUAUGUGUGUCUUUUUUUUUUUUUUGAAGCUAAAAGUAAGGGUCAGAGAAAUUGUUUCCAUUGUAUUUUUUAGUUAGCCUUUUCCACUCCAAUCAGUAAUCCCUUUCAUGAAACCAGUCCCUUUGUUUUAUCAAGUGGUCUGAUAAACUACUGUGGAUAAACCAGGGCUUUUGUUUUUCUGCAACAUAUGCUUAAAAAUUUGUCUUCUGCCUCCCAGAAUGAAAUAUUUCUCAAGGGAAUAGAAAAGAUUAAUUAGUGACCUUUCACUCUAUUAAACUAUGAUGAAUAUGUCUCUAAUAAAGGUAGAAACAUUUACUCACAACUGUGGAUCUGUUAAAUAUGCACCAUGAACCUUCAGAAGCACUUCCUUCCAAGCCUGGGUGACAGCUUGGAAUUUUCAGUACUUGGGGAGGGAGAGGGAAUAUUCAAUUCACAGAUAUGUGCAGUGCAUUCACAAAUUGGAAAUACAGCUUGGGAGGCUGCUGUAUCAAAACUGUAACCACAAUAUCAUAUUUUAUAAAUUAAAAUUGUUUUGUGUUAACUUACUGUGACUACUGUUCAGACUUUGUUCAGAAAUCCUUUUUAUAGGCUUUCUUAGCAAAAAAAAAAAAUUCCGUAUCUAUGGAUAAUGUCUCAAUCUUCUGUAUAUAUGUUUUAUUAAUAUGUAAAUAUUCUGAUUUUUUAAAAUUACUAUGUUCUUUAAGAAAGAAUUCAAUGCAAGGCUAGUUGUGAAAAUGGUGUAUAACAUUGUGUUGUGAUAUCAGCUCCCAAGAUGCUCUUUAUGUCUGUUCUGGAAGAAUACAAUAAAUUACUUUAAUUGAAUGUA